CUUCCUCGCCCGCCAUCUACAACAAUGCACUUCAAAAUAUCCUUUACAGGACUCCUAGUCGCCUCUCUUCUAUCAAUCACCAUCACCUGGCGAGUCUCGAAUAAUCGCACGGUCACCACCGGCAUCCCCGCGUCAGCCAACCCGAACACCAUCCGCCAGCUGCUCCAAGAUCAACCACUCUUCAUCAGAUUAAAUCCGGUAGUCACUGAUAUUGACCUCGCGCCCACCGCACCCGAGCGGUACGAGGACGAGUGGCUCAAGACCACAGCAGAGGCGGGAACCCGAACCGCGCCGAUCCAAACCUACCUCCUCAGCCAGGUGAUCACGCUGAUGCCCGGCGCAGGCGGAUGGGGACAAAAGCAUAUACACUUCGAGACCUGGCUACGAGACACCCCGACCGGAGUCAAGACCCGAGCGGACGCCCCCUUUGGCGUGUCGGUGGCUAGUCACUGGGCAGUUGAGCCUACCGCGUUAUUGUCCGACCCACCGAGCCCACAAGGUCCACAAGAAUGGCGGCUCACGGUGCAAAGAAGAAUCACAUGUGUAUGGUGGAUGAUGCCGUUUGUGGCCUACACAUACGACGAGGUCCAUGCCAGCGUCAUCCGGGAUUUGAUUGAGCUUGCCAGCUGA